AUGCUCCGCGAAACGGGAGGAGCUCCCGACGAUGAUCCUGUUGUUCUUGACAUCCCGUGCUACAGGAGCACCAACAUGCUGGGGAAUGUGUAUGUUUUGCAGUAUCCUGUUAAACCAGCUACGGAAAAUAGAGAUGAAGAGCCAGUUGUCGAUGUGAAAUACAAACCGAGUCAGCAGAAGCUUGCCUUGAAAGUUGCCUUAGAUACAAGGGCAGCAACGUUUGAUAUUCGUCGUGCCGAGCAGCUUGUGCCUCGAGAAGGAAACCCGGACGAAGAAGAAUCUGGAACGAUGAUGACUGAGUGUUCCGUGGAAGGAACUCUUGGUAGCAAGGAUUACAAACGGUAUUCUCUGGGAAUCUUCAAAGACGGUGCCUUGCAUUUCACCCCGAUCGACGGCUUCUUUCAAAUGCGUCCGUCAUUCGCCCACAUGAACCUUUCCGAAAAGCUGGACCCUGACUCAGAAGUAGCCGAACCCGAAGGGGAGCUGGUUAGUGUCAAGUUCGCUCGCCAUCAAACUGAAAGAGCAAAGAAGGCUGAGGAACGUUCAUUCGCUCAUCUUCAUCGGGUUAGCGAGAACGAGCCUUGGAUGCAGCUCGACUACAAUGGACGGAAAUCGGAUGAGGCUAAUUCCUUGCGGAGCGGGUUGAGAGCACAAUUGUUCGAUCCUGUGGAAAACGCGAUGGAAGUGGAGGACAUAAAGGGAGCCCUGCCACCUGUGAUCAAUGUGCGAGUGAAGUGUGCGGAAGAUGAGUUGCUUGAUGGACUCUUUCCGGUUUUGAAUGCGGUGAAUGUGAAAAGUGAAAAAAGCGGUAAAAGUGGUGUCACUGUGCCUCAGCUCUCGUCACAACAACUCAAGUUGAGGCCGUUGUCCGAGAGGAUAGCUGUCGUUGCGUGCCGAGCAAAAAUUAUUCGGUACUCGGAAGCUUGUGAGCUGAUGAAACUGGAGCCGGAAAACGAGAUCAUGCGCGGGCUGAUGGCUUGUUGUUACCUUGUGCAAGGGUGCUGGGUGGUUCGAUCGGAUCAGUUGUACAAAAAUUCCGUGGACGCGAAGCAGCCCGCGGGUGCUGUUCCUGUAGAUAUUCUUGCCCGUGCCCGCGAUUACAUUCUGUUCAAUUUCCACAAAAAUCGUGUUGUGGACAAGGAAAAACUCAAAGCUGUGUUACGACUGCCAUUGUCGAACUUGACUGCGCUCUUCAAGGAGGUCUCUAAGCCGGUUGGCGAUCGGCCGGGCUCUUAUGAAUUCGCCUUUCCCACAGACACCGAUUUUAUUUCCAGGUACGCUGAUGUUGCCGAAAGACAGGCAUUGUUAUGGGAUGCCAAGUUUCAUCAGCUGAUGCGGUUGUUGAAGAGUGACGAAGUAACCCGGAACUCGGAGUCGAGCCCUACGUCGUCGCCUUCGCGGCGUCGGCGACGGCGGACGCGAUCUCAGCGUGACUCCGUCGGCAGUGAUGUCGAAACUUCGGUGGAUACCGUUCGCGCUGUGAAAAUCGGUGCGAGGGCAGUGUCUGUGUGCUCUUCUCUUCGUCAUCCUGGUCAGCCGGAAGCGAAAGAAGUGGACAAGGAGAAGCCGAAGGCGAUGUCGGAAGCUGCACAAUUGCCUCUACGGGAGCCUAUCGUGAAAAAUUUGAUGAUGGGGCGAAUCGAUCCGGAUUUCCUGGGUUAUCCAGAGCUUAGCAAAGCGAAGCUCAAGUUUUUGAAUGAAACAUUUCUUCCCCCGAUACGUGACCUGCUUAGAACUGAAAGUGCGAAAAACCUCGGAAAUGGUAACGACUCCGGCGUUAUGAAUGAAUUCAAGCGACUGGGACUCUUUGGUAUGACCAUACCGAAAGAGUUCGGUGGACUUGAAUGUAGUGCUAUGGAAGUUUGCCGACUAUUGGAGGCUGUCGGCGAACAUCCCAUUUUGGGUUAUAGAUUCAUCGCGCAUUGUGGUUGGGUUGUAAACACCAUUUUGAAGUUCGGCACUGAUGCACAGAAGAGGGAAUAUCUUCCUGCAAUGGCGAAAGGAGAGAAAAUUGGGGCUUGGUGUUUCGGAGAACUUUCGAGUGGCUUUGAUGCGAGAGUUUUCCAGACGAAAGCCAUUCAGAAUGAUUCAGAGGAAGAUUUCAUCAUCAAUGGCGAGAAGCCAAUAGUUUUCAAUGCUACCGACGCAGACUUUUUCAUCGUUUUCGCGAAAACUGAGAGUGAAGAUCAUCUGUACAACAAAAUUUGGGAAACCACUGCCUUCUGUGUUCCGAGGAACACGCCCGGGAUCACUGUUACUCCGUCGAAAAGUGAAGGACUUUCAGGAGCAGCUGUUGGUUCAGUAACAUUUCAGAAUGUUAGGGUGUCGUCCGAUCAAAUUUUGGGAGAGAAAAAUCGAGCGUUUGAGCACGCCACUAUCUCGCUGGCGGAAACACAGUAUUUGAUCGCCGCUUUAUGCGUUGGUCAGAUGAAGAAGAUUUUGAAAGACGUUGUAGACCACUGUGUUCCUCGUGUGUCAAUGCUUGAGCCAUACGUGAAGCACGAUUUAGUCCGAGAACGAAUAGGAAGGAUUUCCAUGAAGACAUUGUUGAGUGAAAGCAUGCUUUAUGCCACCAGUGGAAUGAUAGACUCGGGAGAAUACGACGACUUCAUGUCGGAAUCUGUCGCGACGAAGAUAUUUGCGUCCGAAGCUCUAUUUGAUGUAGCUGUUGAAGCAACGCGGCAGAUGGGAUCGCGGUGUUUCUUUCAGGAAGAAAGCAGUUAUAUAUCUUCCGCAUUUUCCGCAUCGGUGGUUGGCACAUCGAAUGACAUUCUGAGAAUUUUUUUGGCCCUGAGAAGCAUAGAAAAUGCUGCCAAAGAAAUGCAGAUGAUGGUGUCCAUCCAGCGCAAUCCCUACGACAAUCCCCACGUUGUCUUCAAGAAAAGCGCCAUUAGAUUACUCGACGUGCUGCCCGUAAUUGGUAAACGCCGAUCUAAUCGUCUCAAGUAUCACCUACAUGGCCAUCUUCAUCCAGUUUUCACGCCUCACGCGAAUAGCUUGGAGCGUCUCAUUUUACGAUUCCCGAUAUGCGCAGAAAUGGCACUCGUUGACAGUGGGACCUCGAUAGGAGCGCGUCAAGUCGUGCUCAAGACUUUCUCUGAUAUUUCUAUCCAGUUGUACGCUGCGACUUGUGGUCUUGCGAGAGCGUCGCGAUCUCAUUGCAUCGGUCUUAAGCAAUCAAGUGUUGAAAUUGCUAUAGCGUGUCGGGCUGCCGAGGAGAUUUUUGAUGAAGUAGAAGCCAUGUUGAAGCCGUUGGAGGACAGUGCCUUGGGCUCGCCGCAGCACAGGGUUUGUGAUCUAGGAAAGAAGGUGCUGAUGUCGAAGGACUAUUUCUUCGAGCACGCCUUGACCCAUAAUUGGGAUUAAACUCAUCCGCGAAUGUUUUGAUUUUGUUCAAGAGUGGCGAUAAAAGUCGUGUUAGGCGUUUCUUUGUUC